GCUACUCUCUUGACCUAGAUGUAUGAAAGCAAUAAAGCGUAACUAGUUGAAAAUCGUUGAAAAUCAUUGAGGAAUUUCCCCUAUUCAACUAUGUAAAAGCCGAAUCUUGGAGAACGUCACCAGCAAUGACAGAGUGGCUGAGUGGCGACCCAGACGUACCCGCACAAAAUGUGUACAUGGUACCUGCCUCUCAGGGUGCCGAGGUUUACCUUCGCCUGCAGCGUCCCAACGUUCCAUUCGGAGUCAGCGGCAGGGGAGUUGGCAUACAUACAUAAAUUCUCAGCUAUCAUGGAACUUACAGGGGUUAAUAAAAAUAUAAGGGGGAAUCGAAUACACAACGCUUUGCAUACAUAUAUACAUACCUACCUUGUAGUAUAACUAGAUGACUAUUUAACUAGUUAGUUAGUCUUUGCUUUUCGGUUUCCGUUUCGGUUUGUCGGUCAGUCUUAAUAUCGUCACCGUAUAUUCUCCUUUUACGCUGCGUAGGAGCAAUUGAAAAGAAACCAUUGCAUCCCAGCGUAGACCACGGUCCGUUGAAGGCAAUUUUCAGAUCGUAGACAUCGCCAUGUCUGACUCUAUCGUCUCUACUGUCGACAAGAAGAAAAGGGCUCCCGGUGGGCGACUGGAUCUGCUUUGGUUCAUUCUACCUAAACUUCCCUUGAUCGUCAAGGUCAUUCUGCUACAUGUCAUCGGCGGGUCCGAGACUUCUCGGUAUCGGGAUCUAAAGAGUGAUGUGACCAUCGCGGUCCUACGGUCAUUAACUGACCCAUCGAAACCGAAACCUCUUUCUGAGGUCCAGGCCAUGACUUUGAAGGACCCAGGCGUCAAGGGCAAAUUGUGGGUUAGCACGGUGGCGUCUGAGCCCCCUCCCGAGCGAGGGAUUCGGGACGCCCUGUUGGCAGUCAUCGACGCGUUGAACGAGCCUAGCGCAAGAGGUACAAAGCCGUCCUUCAAGAUACCGGAGCUCGUUCCCGUCGAGGCCGAGUGGACGGGGUAUAGAGCUGCCGCGUCUAAGAACUCGAAACCCCCGGAGAUCUCGGAGGAGCAGAAGUACCGCGAGAUGAUGAAGGAGUGCAAGAACUCGACGACAAUCUUGUACUUCCAUGGUGGGGCUUACUAUCUGUGCGAUCCGUCGACACAUAGGUUGCUGAUGAAGCGAUUGACCAAGCUGACGGGUGGCCGCGCGUAUUCGGUCAGGUAUCGACUUGCACCGCAAGACCCGUUUCCAGCUGCGCUAUUGGAUGCCUUCGUCUCUUAUUUUACCCUUCUCUACCCGCCUCCCGGGUCGAUACACGAAGCUGUUGCUCCCGGGGAUAUUGUAUUUGGCGGUGAUAGCGCGGGCGGCAACCUCGCUCUGGCACUCCUUCGAACGCUAAUGGAGAUCCGCCGCCAGAACCGCAAGAUCAAUUGGUUCGGCGAGGAGCGAGAAGUGCCCCUACCUGCUGGUCUUGCUAGUAUGUCUCCAUGGAUAGAUAUGGUGCAGAGUCUGCCUUCGUUGACUAGGAACCAAAAGUGGUGCUAUCUUCCUCCCCCAAGGCUCCUCUCGGAAGAACAUCAACCACCGGCGGAUAGCAUAUGGCCGACUGACCCACCUCGAAAGCACGUUUACGUCGAUGACGACUAUAUACUUCACCCGUUGGCUAGCUUACAGAUGAAUAAUGACAGCUGGGAGGGAGCACCGCCCAUGUAUAUAUCCUGCGGCUGGGAGAGUCUCGAAGACGAAAUCAAGUACUUCGUGGCAAAGCUCACCAGGGACGGCGUAACGGUGGUGUUUGAGGAGUACCAAGCGAUGCCGCACGUGUUCGAGGGGCUUCUGCCCAAGCUCCCCGAGUCGCAGCGUAACCGAGAAGGUUACGCGAAUUUCGUCAAGGCCGUAUGUAAAGACGCGAAGAAUAUCAAGUCGUCUUAUACAGCGAUCAAAGCGAAGACUUUAGAGGAAUUGGAAAUCGACGUGGAAAAACUGACCCCGCAUAGCGACGAGGAAGUAAGGGAGCUGGCUCGACAGAGAGUCUCUGCACAAAAAGCACCCGUUGCGCCGGCUCCCGAUGUACCGGCAAAGCUAUGAGCUCUCAACUUAACUUCUUAAAGGUGCAUCGUCCUUGGUUCUGCGCGUAUUUAUUAUAAUGAGGGGGGUUGUAUACGAUGUGUAUGUUUUUUACGUCUUGAGUAUAAAUGGUAAUGAACGAGAUAUAUGAUAUAGGUAGUUAUUCGGGGUACUUGUCCAUUAUUCUAGAAGGAAAUAUCAAGAAGUAAGGGGUUUAAACAAAUGUCUGGAAGAUAAUGUGAAAUACAGCAAAUAUAAGACAUGAAGGUGCC